CUGAUUCACUCCCCACUCCUCCAAUCCCGACACGCCUUCCUCGACUCCAACGACGAUCCAACCUGGUCGGGCCGCGGCAGGUACAGCGACAACAUGCUUCCCGACAUCUCGAUCCGACACUGGAGGAAGGGAUCGCAGUGGUUCGAGAUGCAGAGGAGCCUGGCCGCUUACGUGGUCUCCGACGAAAAGUACCACGGGCUGUUCGAGAAGCACUGCAACGGGAGUUGUUACCCGGACGAGCAUUUCCUCCCGACUUUUGUCAACAUGUUCCGUGGGUCGGAGACCUCGAACCGGACCGUGACGUGGGCCGAUUGGUCGUCGGCUUCGGGCCGGGGCCGGAAGCAUCCGAACAAGUAUGGUGCGGGGAAUACGACCGAGGGUCUCGUGCGGUCGCUCCGGAGGAAUCAGACGACGUCGUGUGCUUAUAAUGAUGGGGUGGCGUCUACGUGUCAUCUGUUUGCUAGGAAGUUUGAUGCGAGUGCUUUGGAGGCUCUGCUUGGUCUCGCUUCCAGGGUGAUGGAGUUUUGA